UAAUUCCCUUAAAAUUGUUCUUCUUCCACCAGAGAUUCAAACCCUCAGACCUGUGCGAGUGGUUCUGAGAGCGAGAGCGAAAACCAGAUCAUGAACGAUGGUGGGUCUCAGUGUGGUACUGGAAGCCCAGAAAGUUAGUGUUCUCAGCGACAAGAAGAAAACUCAAGUCAUUAACAAAGCCACCAUCAUGCUCGUCAACAACAAACCUUCUUCUUCGACAGUUUCGCCUCCGAGUUAUUCCCAUCAUCAGGCACUGCCUUUUCUUGAUCAGUGCUUUCUCUGCAGAAAGAGACUCUUGCCUGGAAAAGACAUCUACAUGUACAAGGGAGACAGGGGGUUUUGCAGCGUGGAGUGCAGGUGCAAGCAGAUAUUCAUGGACGAGGAAGAGAGUAUUCAAAGAGAGGUUUGUUCUCUGGCAGCCAUGAAAAGUCCCACAUCGUCUGCUUCACCGUCGUCUUCGUCGUCGUCGUCUUCGCCGGCUUCUUCUCGCGGUCAUCGGAAAGGACCCAGAAGCCGGGCCGGUGGGUAUGCCUGCUGAGACAGUGAAAGAAGAACCACCUUGUUAUUAUCAUCGAAGACACCGAAAAGUUUUUGUUUCUCUAGUUUAAUGAGUUUUGUCUGUAAUUUCACUUUUUUAACCCCGUGUCUUUUGUUUUCGUGAAAUCUUUGUCCUGGUGCUUCCUAGUAUGAAGCCAAAACGUCCUUUUUAAACUCUCUUUAAUUUGGCACCAACCUGCAGAGAGAAAGCUCCCAACCUGUUAACUCUGCAGCACAGAAGCUACACAGCACCACUUUGGCCAUGCCUCCCUCCUGCUAGGUAACCCAAAGGAGGAGUUAGUUAAUAUUGGAGAUGUUUCCUACUGCUUUCGAGUGAUAUACUUCUGAGAGGGGCAUUUAUGGUAUUUCACGACUACUGCAUGUUAAAAUUUUUGUUCCUAAUUCUAUAUAAUAUGGUAUAUAGACAUGUUACCCUGAGUUUGGUGUUA